AUGGCUCAGUUCGCCGACCCAGAGACGCGCUUCGACCUCUUCGGCGGGGCUGAGGAGCUUCCCCCGUCGCUGCGACCCCGCACCUCGGCUCGCUCUUCCUCCUCCUCUUCGUCGUCCACGGGCACGCCAGCAUCGUCAUCCGACUCGGAGGAGGCAGAGACGCGCGCGACGACGCCGGGUGUGGACGAGGGGAAGCCGGCUUGGGUGUUGCCUGGCGAGCAGUGGGCGCCGAGGACUAUUGAGCCUGCGAUGGACGGGAGCGACUUUCUGUGGCAGAUGACGGAGGAGCCGCACCGAACGCGGCGGAAGGCGAUCCUGAAGGCCCACCCAGAGAUCACCAAGCUGAUGGGCCACGAACCCUUGACGAAAUGGGUCGUCCUCUUCGUCACGCUCGUCCAAUUCAGCACCGCCUUCUACCUCCGCAACACACCCUUUUUCUCCUGGAAGUUCUGGAUAUUCGCCUACCUCAUCGGCGGCACCGCCAACCAGAACACCUUUCUCGCCGUACACGAGAUCACCCACAACCUCGCCUUCCGUGGAGUCAGGGCGAACAGGCUGUUUGCGAUCUUUGCCAACUUGCCGAUUGGCGUGCCGUUCGCGAUGAUGUUCAAGAAGUACCACAUCGAGCAUCACAAAUUCCUCGGCGAGGACGGCAUGGACACCGACCUCCCCUCUCGACUCGAGCUCCUCGUACUCAAGACUGUCCUCGGCAAGACAUUCUUCUGCACAUUCCAGAUCUUUUUCUACGCCCUCAGGCCCGGCUUCAUCCGCUAUCAAGCCCCGACGCGCUGGAUGGCCCUCAACAUGGUCGUCCAGCUCUCGUUCAACGCGCUCGUCGUCAAGUUCCUCGGCUGGUACUCGAUGCUCUACUUCCUCCUCAGCAGCCACAUGGCGGGCAGCUUGCACCCAUGCGCUGGUCACUUCAUCGCGGAGCACUACCUCUUUGACGGACACGACCAGGAGACAUGGUCGUACUACGGCCCGCUCAACAUCCUGUGCUACAACGUCGGCCUUCACCAGGAACACCACGAUUUCCCCUCCGUCCCUUGGACGCGUCUGUGGAAGUUGCACGACAUUGCGAAGGAGUUCUAUGACCCGCUUCCGGUGCAUACGAGUUGGCCGGGCGUCACUUGGAGGUUCAUCACUGACCCCUCAGUAGGCAUGUGGUCCCGCGUCAAGCGAAAAGGGAAAGGUGACCCGCGAGGGAACGACGGAGGAGGCGGAGUCGGGUCGGUCGCGAACGCCGGAGGGUUGAAGGAUGAGUAG